AUGGCUGCCACCAUGAUCUUGGUGUGGAUGGUAGUGAUGAGUCUUCAAAUUCGGGUGGAAGCAGUGCCAAGAGGCUUUUGGCCACCAGCUUUUACCACGAAAAAAAUGUUUCCAGCAACAGAGCCAGAUACCUCCAGCUUGAUGUCCAACGUGUGGAUGACUUCAGGCUCUCCAAGGCCCAUCUCCUGUGGUGGUUUGCUUCAGGGUUCAUCUGGCUCAUUCCACAGCCCAGGAUACCCCAGCUCCUACCCCAACAAUGCCCGCUGCCUCUGGCACCUCCGGCUGCGGGAGCCACGUGGCAGAGUGGAGCUCAGCUUUGUAGAUGUUGAGCUGGAGGGCAGCAGCUGCCAGUACGAUGCCAUUGAGGUGUAUGAUGGAGGGUCCCUGGAGAGCCCACUCCUUGGGAAAGUUUGCAGGAACGACCAUCGUGUCUUCAAGUCAUCUGGGCACCAGUUGACCAUCCUGUUCCACAGUGAUGGCAGUGUCACUGGCAGAGGUUUCCAGGCCUCCUACUACUUGUUUCUUGAUUUUGGCAGCACCAAGGAGCCAGAUACCACCAGCUUGAUUCCUCCCUUCUGGUCAAGCAGAGAGCCAGGAACCUUCAGCACGGUGCCUGCUCUGACAUCGACCCCAGAAGAUUAUUCUUGUGGUGGUUUGCUUUCCUCUCCGUCUGGGACAUUACAGAGUCCAUUUUACCCCAACAAUUAUCCAAACAAUGCCAACUGUGUUUGGGAAAUAGAAGCACAGAGCAACUUUCUUGUCACCCUUGUUUUCGGAGAUGUUCAGAUGGAGGGUGGCAGGUGCCUGUCUGACUACUUGGAAGUCUAUGAUGGGCCACUCUAUACCUCCCCUCUCCUUGGGAAAUUUUGCUCUGGUUCCUACCAAACAUACACAUCUUCCUCCAACCUGCUGACCCUCCAUUUUUACAGCAACUCUCGACACACCUACAGAGGGUUUCAGGCUUACUAUUAUUCCACUCCAGCAGAUCAGAGCACCACCCUGCUGUGUUUCCCAGAUUACAUGCGUGCAACUGUGAGCAGAUACUACCUUCAGUCACAGGGCUACUCUGCUUGGAAUCUCACCUUGAACGACCCCAAUUGCAAACCCAACAUUACCUCUGACUAUGUUAUAUUCGACGUUCCCUACAUGCACUGUGGCACAGUGAGAGAGGGAGACAACAACACAAUAACUUAUUCCAAUAUGAUUAGAGGAUCCUCUUCUGGUUCUGUCAUCACAAGAAACAGAAGCCUUCACUUGCAUAUCAACUGCAAAAUGCUUCAGAACACAUGGGCACAAACAAUGUAUAUUGCAGAUGACAAUUUUGAAGUCAACGAAACUCAGUAUGACAGAUAUGAUGUAAACCUCACCUUUUAUCACUCUCCCUACUUCUCUCAGCCAGUGAAUGACUCUCCAUACUAUGUUGACAUCAACCAGAAUUUGUUCCUUGAAGCUUACCUGAACAGUGCUGAUCCAAACUUGGUUUUAUUUUUGGAGACAUGUGUGGCAUCUCCCACUCCCCAGAAUUUUACCACAGUUACCUAUGAUAUAAUCAGGGAUGGGUGUGUUCGAGAUUCGACCUACAGAACCUAUUACUCACCCUACAAACACAUCCUCAGGUUUCAAUUCAGUGCCUUCCAGUUUGUUCGUAGCAGCCCUGUGGUUUACCUGCAGUGUGAAUUUGUGGUGUGCAGGGCCUAUGACUAUUCUUCCAGAUGCUACCAAGGCUGUCUUACAAGGCCCAAGAGCCAGGCAAGCUUUGGCCAUCCAAGUGUGAAAGUUGUUACUGGCCCAAUACAGCUUCGGCAAUAGGAAUGUGGCUGGUUUUGAGUAAAACCUUCUCUUUUGGUUGAGAACUUCUUUAAAUGUCAAUUUAAAUUCUGAAAUAUUUAGCAGCAGCUCUACAAUAAAUUUUAGGAAUGUGCUUACUGCCUCGUGCCUGUUCAUGUCCCUCCACAUCAGUUGCCCUUCUUCUUCAUGUAACUACAAUGCUGAUCCUGUGGGGAGUCCAAUGAGACAGGGAAUGGGCAGGGAGGUGGAACCCACCUGGACCCAAACUGCAUUUCUGUGUCAGAAAAACCCCUCUGAAAUGGCUUACCAGAAUAAUUUGUGAUCUCCAAGCUUUUGUUAAUUGUUUGUUUUCUUAGUAGUAAACCUGAAAUGUUGAAGUUGUAGCUUAAGUUCUA